CAAAAUACUAAGUUCCGUAUAAGUUUUAAACAUUUUUUCUAAAUUUUUUUAGAGAUGGAUAAAGUUCGCAAAUUAAUAUUACCCACAUGGCGUCCACUUCAAUUUGCCGCGCGUAACUUCUGCUGUCCCAAUCAGGUCUCGAGUCUUGUGUCAUUCCCUGAGAUCUCUGUCGGCGAUGGAAAACUCAAAUAUAUUUUAGCCAAGGUCUACAUUCAUGGAGAAAUGUCACAUGCUAAGACGGUAGUCCGUACUCUUGGCCGUGUUAAGUACCAUCUUAACAUCUAUGAUCAGCUGCAAAAGGAAGCAGCAGCCAAGAAUUUGUGCACUCAAUGCUUGGGUGGAGGAACUCUGGUGCAUGAUCCUGAGAAGCAUUAUAUAAAAAUCUUUGGACAAUCUCAGACUCUGGGCAGGGCCGAUCAUGAUGAAACCAAAUCCAUUCUAUUCCACAAAUAUCCCGACUAUAAAAUUGAUGCUGAAUCUUCAGACACCGAUUGAGUAAAAAUUCAAAUUAUUUUUCAUAAUAACAUACAAAAUCCAACGUUAUAUUUUACCUCUUGUUAGAAAUUAUUGAUAAAUAAUAAUAUUCAUACUUGAUACAGAUCUAA